GGCGACGGUUACCACUUUCCAUCAGGUGGGCCGUCAGCUUGUUUGCCAUUCUAAGUUGUAUAAAAAAAAGUAUAGUAACCGUUUAUCAUUACACUGGCUGUAUGCUUGUUCACUACCUUCAUGGUAUAAAAAAAAAUAUGCUACCAUAAAUCACGACAUGAGUUGCAAUUGAUCAUUGUAGUUCUAAUUAUACGUUACUAUAAUAUUGGUUUAUCGUGUGUGGCCGACAUAAAUCCUUAUGCCAUGGCUUAUUAAAUUUCAUUCUAUUAUCAAAUUUUAAAAUUUAUGAUAGAGUCUUAAAAUGUCUUGUUUUUAAUAAAUACCUAUGCAAUAAUAAAACAUAUAGUCCAUUUAAUAGGGGGGAAAGAAAUUGUUAGUAAUGGAGACUGAGAAUCCCAUUGCUAGCAAUAUACCCAACCAGGUCGACCUCCUCGCGGUUCCCCCUGGAAACUAUCAUGGUUAAUUCCUGAUGAAUUCAUCAUGAUGGACUAACUGGCCUGUUUUCAUUCUCAUCUAUCACCCUUCACUGGUGCUCCGCCAGCAUAUCCCGUUAGCGCAGGCGGGGUUACCAUACCAUUUUCACCCAUCAAAAACAAGUCCAUUUAAUAGCUACUGCAAGCCAUAAAUACGUCAUAACCUUCAAGAAAAGAGUAUAUUCCUUUUUAAAAGGCCGGCAGCACAUCUGCAAUGACGUUGGUGUUGUGGGUGAUCAUGGGCAGCGGUAGUCACUUGUCAUCAGGUGAGCCGCAUGCUCGUAUGCCCAUGUGUUGUAAAAAAAAAUUCUAAAAACAUAAUUUACGUGUUGCCAAUUCUUAUGACUUGGACAUACAACUUUAUCAAAUGACUUUUGUCUUGCGAAAAACUUAAAGGGAAUGAAGUGAUGGAGAGGUAAUUUUUGUAUGGAUAAAACUUUUUUGCGUCAUCCGAUUUGCUUAAAACAUUGCAGAAUUAUUAUUUAUAAUUCAUAAUUAAAGUAUACAUAUUUCUUUGUUUAAACUACUCUUUAAAGGAGAUGGGUUUCUUUUUGUAAUUAUUUUGUAUGUAGAAACCUAUACCAACAAUCAGAAUUGUUGAACAAAAUCAAUAUUAACGCGAGCGAAACCGCAAGUCAAAACUAGUUAUGUGUUUGUUAGUGUGUAAUACAGAGACAAUGCAUAAAAAUCUUAUGAAGUUAUUUUUAUGUAAUGGUAACACUAAAUAGUACACGUAAGUUAAUGUUUUUUUUUUUUUUAAUAAUACAAGAAUAAAAUAAAAGCCAGUAAGUGCAAAGCUCUCCGUCAGUGUCCGUAUCCCGUGCCCAAUACUCUUACAUUAACUUAAUUGAGACGAAUAGACAGAGAAACCUUGCCCAUAGCUUUUCUCGGAAAAACGUCGUGUAACGCCCGAUAAUGGCGCGCGGACGUCACUAUUGUGGUUUUCGCUUAAUUAUCUACAAUUAAAUUUGUAUAAUAGUGUUUACCUCGGCACGCUGCGUUUCGCUCGCUCAGUUUAUAUUCUACCGCCGAUGCGUUUGUAACAAGAGCUGUGUUUUUGUAUGCAUUAUAUGUUAUUAUACACUGUAUCAGUGUAGUGUGUAGUUUAAAAAGUGCAUUGACAAUUGGACUCUUAUUUCAUGUGCAUAGAUUUAAAUUUGGCAUGAAAAUGACUAUAUCCACAACGGCUACCAUGACGGCCCGUGUCCACAGGAAAGUGAUGAGGGCGCCGCAUAAACGCGCGCACCCCGGCAAAACGGAGCACCCCGGCAAAAUGGUGCACACAGGCAAAAUGCACCAUCCGGGCAAAAUGCAUCACCCGGGCAAGCUCGUUCACUCCGGCAAAAUUGCACAAUUAGGCAAAUUCGGCAAACUGACCCACUACACACAGACACACCCGCUGCGACCGCCCGAGCCUUGCGAGAACAGUAAUGACAGUGGACUGGGCCCAGACCCCAUAAACAGAUUGUCGGACUCGGUGGAGGAAUGGGAGCGCCCAGAUACGAAACGGAGGUAUGGCGAGAGCGAGACGGCAGUAAAGAUAGAGUGCGACGACGCUAACGAUGCGUACGCGUUGCCGACGCCGUCCGCGCCCGUCACCGCCCCCGCGUGCGCUCCACACACACUCGAUGGCCCGCUGACACUCGCGCCUACUCCGAUCCUGCCCCAUCCUGUAAUAAGAGCAGGCUGCAGUAUAUCUAGUCCAAGUAUCAGCGAGAGCCAGGGCAAACGGUUCCAGGACCCGUACAGAUCGUGCGGCAAACUUGGAGGCAGUGGGAAGCUCGCAAGCAAAUAUGUGAGCGGAGGCAAGCUAACCGGCACGGGCGGCAAAAUGGGGGGCAAAGGCGGUAAAUAUGGGGGUAAACUUGUUCAAGUACUGGCACGGCGGAGAGCGCUCGCCGCCAUGUCGCAGUCUGGACCUCCAGGAUUAUCAGCGCCGCUAAGCAACAGAUCGAGAGACGGGACAGUGGAGUUACAGAUACUCUGUCAACCGGAGUCCCAGCACAGAGCGAGAUAUCAGACUGAAGGGAGCCGAGGUGCUGUCAAAGACAACUCGGGCAAUGGGUUCCCUAUAGUAAAACUGGUUGGGUACGAUAAACCAGCUGUUUUACAGGUAUUUAUAGGUACGGAUACCGGCCGUGUGGCGCCACACAUGUUCUACCAGGCGUGUAGAGUCUCAGGAAAGAACUCGACGCCGUGUAAAGAACGAAAAGAAGAUGGUACAGUAGUCAUCGAGAUCGAUCUGGAGCCAGCGAAGAACUGGCAGGUCACCUGCGAUUGUGUAGGAAUACUCAAGGAGCGCAACGUGGACGUGGAGCAUCGAUUCGGAGAGACACUUGGUAGUGGUGGCACCGGCGGGGGAGCAGCGGGUGUUGGCGGCGGCGGGGCCUCAGCACAUGUUUCGCGCGGCAAGAAAAAAUCGACACGUUGUCGUAUGGUGUUUCGCACCGACAUCAUCACCGCCGCCGGACACAGGGAGACGCUGCAGGUGUGCUCCACGCAAAUUAUAUGCACGCAACCUCCCGGCGUCCCAGAAGUAUGCCGCAAGUCAUUAGUAUCGUGCCCUGCCACCGGGGGUCUGGAGCUGUACCUCCUCGGGAAGAACUUCCUCAAGGAAACACGCGUGGUCUUCUGCCAACGGCAGGACGGCCGCAACGUUUGGGAAGAGGAGGUGAUACCUGACAAGGAGUUCUUGCAACAAACGCACCUAGUGUGCAGCGUGCCGCCAUUCGCGCGGACCGACGUCACGGAAGCAGUAGCGGUGCAACUGUUCGUACGGUCGGCGGGUCGUACAUCUGAACCGCACGCGUUCUACUACACGCCGCCGCAUCUCGACACCGGGCCAUUGCACUGUACGCGCCAUCUCGCGCCCUCGCCUGCCGCAGGUAGAGACAACGGCCGCAGCCCCCAGCCGCCUGCUGAGUCUCGUCGGCACGGUGGCGCGGCGGGCGACGAGGCGCGGCCCGUGCUGCUGUGGGGCGGCAACUCGCUCAUGCCGCCGCCGACGCUGCCCGUGCGCCGGCCCUCCAUCAUCGUGCCCGACCCGCACUCGCCGCUGGGACUCAAGAGCGAGGUGACGGAUGAGUCAAGCCAGCAUUCCUUAGCAGACCACACGGAAACAUCGUGUGGGCCAGAUGGCCCAGAAGCAGCUCCUUCACAGUCAAUGCUUGCCGACGAGCUGAAGGUCGUCGACUUGAGACUCAAGUCUGAAACUAUCACUAGAGAAGGCCAAACCCAACAGGUUGGCUUCGUCAGCGGAUAUGACUCCAUGAAGCUGUCUCCCACGACCCCGACCCAAAGCGAGCCGCCCUCCCCUCUUGCCUCUUUUACACAACAACUGCAAGCUAUACAGAACCAGGUACAGACCGACAAGAUGGUCGAAUCCGUCACCGCUGCUAUAUUCAAUUCGGACGACAACGCCGGUCAAAUAUAUCCUCCUAUAAUGCCCAUGCCCACUAUGGACUCCAUGCGACAACUGAUCUCCUCCAAAAGUCCAAUGGACCCUCUCGAAACAGACAUGAAGGUGUUGAACCCAGAAAUGAUGAUAAACGACACGACGAUGCAGUCCACGGUGCUACAAUCCACCACCGAGCAGAGGAUGAUCGUGUACAACCAAAUGCCGCAAAACAGGCCGGAUGACACCUUCAACCCGUUUGAUACGAUGACAAAAAUGGAGAUCGGAAUAGGAACACAAAUCGAGCACCGGCUAGCGCAGCAGAGCGCACACAUGGAGGCACUAGUGGACGACGCUAUGAAGUCGGGCAUGAUGAUGCAGUCGGAUGAUGCCAAAUUAAACGAGUUCGUCAAUUCGCGGGCAGAGGACCACCUGUCGGGCCCGUCCACGUCCCCGUCGAGCGCGUCCCACGCGUCCGACGUGCUGCUUAGCCCCAACGCCGCCGUCGUAUCGCGUAACCCGCCUGCAGAACUGCUGCCCGCAAUGCCGACGUCCGCGAUCUCGCCCGACGUGAUUCUAAACCCGCAAGUGUCACCUAGCUUGCUCUGCGACAACACGCAGCGCAUAGUGAUGCCGGCCGGUCCCGCGCAGGACGAGCUCAUGAUGCUCCCCGACCAGGUGCAGCUCACGUCGGUGAAGACACCGCCCGCCGCGGUCAAGUCGAUGAUCUUGAACGCGGCCGCCGAGAUCCUGACGUCGGACUCGACGAUGAACGCGCUAGUCACGUCCGCUAUCAACACGGCCAACAUUUUGACAACGGAAAGCGCGAGUGGCAGCACGGGGUUGCAGACGGUGGCGACACAGGAGCCCGCGGAACCGGCGGGAGAGGCGCCGCUGGCGGCCAUGUCGCAGGCCGUGUCGCAGGCCGUCACGCAAGCUGUGUCCCAAGCCGUCUCGCAGGCUGUCUCCCAAGCGGUCUCACAGGAGAUGACAGCGCCCGUACAGGGACUCACCGACAUGAGUGACCAAGACCUACUCUCCUAUAUAAAUCCCAGUACGUUCGACCAGGUGUAAGUUCGCCUCGUAGCUAGGCCGACGCGUCGCCGCACCGUUGCUGUGUGUCGUUCUAAUAUGUAUUACGCCUACAUUCAAUGCAUUUUAGUGAUGUGUCAAGGGCUCAAAAGCAGUUUUUAUGUGAAUUUUUAUGUCACUAUAUAUACGUAUAGUGAUUAAUUAAUAUAGUGGUAACACUGUCAGACAUUGAGUAAUCUCCGUUUAAGUUUGAGAAGCGCGAAGUGACGUGACUGUGUACAAUUAAGUUCUUUUAUGAUUCUCAUACCUAUUAAUUUUGUUGUAUAUUGACGGUAUGUUAUGGACGUCAAUUAAAUCGUCAUGUGAGUCAGUAUUACAGGGGAAAUUUUAUACAAGUGUGUCGAGAGGCCGAGGAACGAAUGCAAGAGGUCCGUGGGGUUGCCUGCAUACAAAAAAUGCAGUGUUGUCACACUAACUUAUUUAUUUUAUUCCAUCCAAUUAUCGUUUUAAUCAAAUAUUCAUUAGUUAUGUAGUCAUAAUACUAAUAUAACAUAAAAUAGACAACAUAGGAAUUUUAAGUCACAAAGUGUAUGCCAAGGGGCUCCCAUUCGUUCCCGAUCGUCUCGCUCUGAUCAGAUGUAUGUAUUUUUGAAGUCUUAUGAACUCUUAUAAAUCAAACGUGGACGUGUGAUUUGUAUAUCGAAUUAUACAAUGUAAAUAGCGUUAGACAUUGUAUUUAUGUUGUUAUAUUGUAGAAAUAGUGCGGUGAGAUUAUACCAUGAUAGUAUGAUCGUGUUACAAUAAGUAAUAGGUACUUUAAUAUGUAUUUAGCGAAUCUGACACAAUAUGUCUAUUUUUAUAAAUUAUUAAUUCCAGCGAUUAAUAUCCGAUUGACUAUUUUAAGUACAUUUAAAUGUAUGAAUGAAAUAUUUGAGAUAUAAAUAAUAAAAUGGAGUUUGAAAACCCUAAAUUAUAUAGAUAUUCACUAUACAGCCAUAUUUAAAAGACAUUAUUAUUAUUAUUAUUGACUACUAUUGCUCUAUUUCAUAAUAUUUGGCAGUAAUAAUAACAGUUUAAAAAAUUGAAAUUGCGCACUUAGAAAUAUAUACGUUUUGUUUAUAUCAGUGUUUGCUAUUGCUCUCGCUACUAAAAGGCACCAAUCACAUACGGCACAUGUCAAAUGUCAAGUCUAUAAAAUCAUAUUAAUUAAUCUGUCGUUAUCUAUGUACUUGUGUGACAAUUUGGCGGGAAAUCGUUGGAUAUGCGUCUCGAUAUUUUUUAAUAUCCGAUAAUUGAUGCUAUGGGGAUAAAAUUAUAUAAUUUUGUGGUCGAAACAUUGGAUAUGUUUCUACCACAAAACUAUAUAAUUUUAUCCAAUGAUUUUCAAAUCAAAUAUACAAACUAUAAAAAAUUACAGAACCGUAUAAUUUUUACCGUUUCGUAAAAGUGUCUUGACAUUUAUAAUCUAGGUGAUAUUGAUCUAAAAACGUAAGAGGAAGUCCCCUAGUAGCGGACACAUAAAAUUUUAAGAAAAUAAUAAAAAACCUUUUUCGAAAUAUUUUACUUUAUUUAUGAAAACAAGUCAACAAAGUUUAUAAUCAAAAUAAAUGGACAGAAGGGUAAAAACAAUGGACAAAUUCUGUAUAAACAUUU